AUUUUUCGUUUGUGCAUGUUUUUCUCCUCGUGUAGCUUCUCUGUGUUUCCACAUAGUCUCUCACUCUGUCUCAGACUCACUCUGUCACUCAGAGCACCGAACAAUGGCGGCAUGGACAGCGGUGGCUCGGCAAGCCGCGAAUAUGGCGCGGCUCUCCUCUCCCAAGUCGUCUUGUUCAGCUCAAGCCGCUUCCCUUGUCCAUCGGCGCGGUCUUGCCGUCGGUGGUGAUCAUCAUGGACCUCCAAAGGUGAACUUUUGGGAGGACCCAAUGCGCCCAUCUAAAUGGAAGCAAGAACAUUUUGUGAUUGUCUCUUUAGCUGGAUGGGGGACACUCCUAUAUGGGGGUUACAAGUUCUUCACCAAAGACAAAAAGGACAAGAAGGACGAGAUCUAUCCGGAGCUGAGAACUUGGCCUCAUAAAAUGAUUUGAGUUGUAAGAGUUGGGCUGAUUGUUUAUGCAUGCGAUGGCUUGAGGUAGUUUUCACCUGGUAGAGGUGUUUAUGUAUGAUGAUGCUUACAUUUCCCAUCUUCAUGAACCUGAAGCAUUCGAGUAUUUGCCAUUCUCGCUGGAUGACCUACACAUAUUUCCAUACUUAUGAAAUCAAUCUCCAUUAGCUGAGCAUUCUGUU